AUUGGGUCUGGUCAGAUCUUUGGAAAUGUUCAUCCUCCCUCCUCCAGUCACGUUGAAUAGUAAACAGCUUCUUAGCUUGCUAUAUAAACUCCCACCUUGCAAAUCCAAAAACCAUAACGAGCAGAAUAAGAAAGACGGGAGAAAAAUGGGAGUUUCGGAGUACAGAAGCGACAAGUACAGAGAUUUCUUGUAUGGUGAAGGCGAGAAGAACACUGUGUGGAGGUUUGGUGCCCCUCCAAGCUUCGAAGUCGUCGACAAGCUCUUCGAAGAUGGCAGAACUCAGGUAUGGCCAGCAGGAUCCCUGGAAGAGAAGGUGCAGAACCUGGUGAAGACGUACGAAAUGGAGAUCAUGCACAAGGUGAACCCAGCCGAUUACAAGUCGAUGAACGCCGAGAGGAUCACUCUGAGCGUGAACGGUAGGAAAGCCACCAACCUGGAAGAAACAGGGAAGCUUCAAGGCAGCUACAAUUUCUUCCUCCAGACGUCGUUACCAGAAAAGCUACGGGUUUACAACCCUGCAGAGGAGACCGCGGUGACAUCUCACUCGACGUUCACGACUGUGUUCCCUCGCGGGUUCGCUCUGGAGAUUCUCCAGCUGUACUCGGGCCCACCGGUGAUCGCGUUCAAGUUCAGGCACUGGGGCUACAUGGAGGGUCCUUUCAAAGGCCACCCUCCGACCGGGGAGAAGAUUGAGGUUUUUGGAAUUGGGGUGUUUGAGGUUGAUGAACACAUGAAGAUUGUGAAGAUUGAGUUCUUCAUGGAUCGUGGGGAGUUGCUCGCCGGCGUUCUUAAAGGCGGAGGGGAGGCUGCCAUGGCGAUGCUGGCUGAGGGUUCUGGUUCUGGCUGCCCUGUGAUGAAGGGCACUGGAUAGUGGGCAAGAAUUGUAGGGAGUUGGUAGUCACUCUUUGCAACUAUGGAGAAAGUCUGAGAUGCAUAGUUCAAUGGGGGGAAUAACAUAGACUCUUGAUUUGCCAAAUUGUUGUACCAUUUUCUUUGAUAAUCCUUUACUGUAUCAUUUCUUGUUCAAUUGCUAAGGCUUUUUAUCAUUUUCUUUCACUGCAUUUUGAAGACCA